UUUUUUUUAAAUGGGUGGCCAAUGUGGUGUUUACAUAGCAGAUUAUAAUGACUAAAGUAGCAGGUUAGGAUAAUUAAUGUGGUGGUGGACUUACCAUUACAUGCUGACCAAACCUGAGGUGCUCGUGGGUAUAUGCUCUUAAAAACCAAUGAGGAGAUGGGAGAGGCCGGACUUGCAGGGGGUUGAGCCUCCCAAAAAAUAACCUACUUCUUCUAUCUUAGCGCCUGGCCACGCAGACGCUCGCGUGCAGUGUGGGUGCAAGGACUGAAUAACUUGUCUGUGUACAUUUAUUUUGCAACGAACGCGAUGUGAGCGGUGUGAUCAGCAUGUUAGGCAGAAGUGGCAUUUGCCUCAGGCUUCACAUCAUCAGUGGGCCUCAUGAGCUGGGAAUAUUUAAGAUUCAUAUUUUUUAAAUAAAUGUCAGAUUUUACUUUUUGUAGCAGGUUAGGAGAAUUAACGUAGAAUGUUAGGAAUACAGACAGAGCCCCCCUGCUGUUUCAAAUCCACCUGAAGAAGCUGUUAACGAUGCUGACGAACGUCCUCCAGGUCUCAAGAACUCUGUGAUUACAAAGCAACCUAAACAGCAGGACUAUCCAACAAGGUCGACGAUGGACACAUUCUUCACGGUUGUGACUGGGAAUACUCUGGGGUCUCAUGAGAAAUUAAUUCAUCGUCUCGCUUCCAAAAGACACUUAACUGAAGUGACGUCACUAGAGGAGAGUGAUGUCAUCCUGGCUUUCUGUCCCAUUGUCUCUCGUGCUGGGACUGAUGUUGAAGCAGCACUGCAGCAGAUUUCAGCUGGUAAACCUGUCAUCCUGGUAGUGCUGCAUCACACCUUCGAUCCAGACUACACUGUACCUGACAGUAGCAGACUAGCGACCAGAGGUGAUGUAAUACUCACAGUGGACUGUCUCUUCCAUGAGAACCAGGGACUACUGGAGUGUCCUCGCAAUGAAGACGCAAUUAGAAAGAUUCUGGACAGGCCAGAAAUACAGCCAAAGACAAGUAAUCCUGCUGCUCCAGAGAAGACCAGACAGAGACCCCCUGCUGUUUCAAAUCCACUUGAAGAUGCUGUUAACGAUGCUGACGAACGUCCUCUAGGUCUCAAGAACUCUGUGAUUACAAAGCAACCUAAACAGGAAACUAAACUUUUCUUUCUGUUGCAGCAGGACUAUCCAACAAGGUUGACGAUGGACAAAUUCUUCACUGUUGUGACUGGGAAUACUCUGGGGUCUCAUGAGGAAUUAAUCAACCGUCUCGCUGCUAAAAGACACUUAACUGAAGUGACUUCACUAGAGGAGAGUGAUGUCAUCCUGGCUUUCUGUCCCAUUGUCUCUCGUGCUGGGACUGAUGUUGAAGCAGCACUGCAGAAGAUUCCAGCUGGUAAACCUGUCAUCCUGGUAGUGCUGCAUCACACCUUCAAACCAGACUACACUGUACCUGACAGUAGCAGACUAGUGACCAGAGGUGAUGUAAUACUCACAGUGGACUGUCUCUUCCAUGAGAACCAGGGACUACUGGAGUGUCCUCGCAAUGAAGAAGCAAUUCUAAAGAUUCUGGACAGGACAAAAAUACAGCCAAAGAAUGAUGAGGUCUGGGAACUAAUCGGAGAAGAAGAAGCCAGUGAUGCCCCUGAGCAGGAAAACCUAGAGGCAAGGACAAUGAGUUUGGAAGAGCAAAUCAGGGGCCUCUCACCAGUUGCAGCAUCUGCCCUUGCAAGAGCUGGAAUUAAAGAGGACAUUGAUAUUCAAGAGUUAACAAGAGAUGAUCUGAAGGAACUUCUGCCAGGCCUUGAGCAUUUCAAACUUAGGAAGAAGAUCAGUGAACUUCUAACCCAAUCUAAACAGGACACAGCUAAACUUAUCGAUUUCAUUCUUAACGAGUUUAGGGAAUUCCUUCCAGCUGUUGUCAUGAAGAAUGCACUUGUUCCUGGGCGAGUGUUACAUGGCUACGUCACUAUUCUUAAAGAUUUGAAGAAGCAGCUGGCCAAAGCCGUGCACUUAAUUCAGGAACACAUUGAACUGCUUGAGAGCUACAAUAAAGAAGAGCCCAUGGAGGCUGAGGGCAAUGCUGUGUCCCCAUCAGCUGACUCUGCUACAGCAGGAAACCAGCUAUCCAAUGUUGCAGUACAUAAGCAAUCUGUUGAAGGCGCUUCAGAACGACCAGCCUUAGGCGCUGUAGAGGUCCACCCCAAACGACCAAGAACAGAUCUGUCCACCAGUGAUAGGUCCUCAUCAGUACCUGGUAACAUCCAGGCCCCAAAAGAAAAGGAAGGAAAAGAACCUGGAAGUUGGAAUCUUUUCAGCAGAUUGGUAACAAAACAUUUGCCGGAAGUUAAAGUCUAUUCUCAAGUGUGUGGAAAAACCCUGAACGCUCACCUUGCACUCAUGAAACAAGUGGAGGAUCUGGGACUUAAACGAAAGGAGACCAGUGUAGAGGACUGCCAAGUCAUAAUGGUCUUCUGUCCUGUUACAUCUCGUGUGGGAAAUGACAUUGAGGCUGCCAUGAGCCAAGUUCCAGGUAACACAGAUGCCAUUCUAGUGGUGAUGCACCAUACUUUUGAUCGCUACUUUGUCACAGACCAGAGAUCUGCAUCUCACUACAAAAGCGUAGUAGAGAAAGUUAAUGUUCUCUUCCAUGACUCUGUGGGACUUCUGCAUUGUAAAACAAAUGAUAUUGCAGUGACUCUCAUACAUAAGGCCUUACUGAAAUACAACAGCAGUUCUUACAGACAUUAAGCGCCCCAUUGUGGCAACACAAAGAAAGUGUUUGAAGUCUGUAACAAGAUUACAACGCCACCAACAUUAUUUAACCUACAUUUCUAAAACUUCCACCCAGGGCGUUGGUGACUUAUUCUAGCUUAGAAGAAAGCUUAUCACAAUCUGUGUAGUGAUCCAAAUUAAAUAUUAUCUUAAUUCUCAAUAAGUACAAAACUAGACUUCUCUGUAGAACCUCUGUUGUGAGUGAAUCUUUGAAGAUAAGAUACCUCAUAUGUAUUUGUGAAUUUCAGCUUGUUCUACUUUUAGUAUUAGAAGCACUUAUAGUUUGAGGUGUUUUCUACUGUUACAUUAUGCUUCAAUCAUGAGAAUGUGUUUAUGAAUGUUUCAUCUUAUUCUAUGAGAAUAAAUCAAGUACAAGUGUUGCAUAAAA